UAUCAGUCCCCCGUUGACCACAACAGGAACAGACCGAGAAGCCGUCGGGGUGGAGCAGCUCUAGCGACACGGCCACGAAAAAAGCAAAACAAAAAUAAUGGAGCUCGGCGUGAGUCAACGAUAGAAAUAUGGACUCUUACUCAUCAGUCAACAUCGUAAUCGUCCGUUUGCUUCACUAACUGACACACGGUUACCUUAGCAACCGGCCGAGGCAAACCUCGCCUUUAUGGCGGGUCUGUCUUAUUUAGUGCUCCGGUUCUCGAGCUCCGCUGGUCGGACUUACGGAGUGUUUUCCAAAGGCUUGACGAGGACUUUGUUGAUAUUUUUUGAUCUCGCGUGGCGACUGCGAAUCAGAUUCCCUUACAUCUACUUGGUGGCUUCGAUGAUGUUUAAUGUCAGGUUACAGGUCCACAUUGAAAUCCACUGAAUCCUCAAUGUUGGAAUCGAUGUCCCCCCCCCCUCUAAAAGUAACCGUCUGAUGCUGCACGACGAUGCCGAGGGAGGAGUUGCCGCAAAGUGACACCGCUGGUUGUCGCGAUCGGCCCUCGCCCAGUGCCUCCUCAGUGGGAGGACGACGACGAUGCCGCCAGCGGAGACCGGACAAAAUGAGCCAACGGGAGCGGUGAUGUAUGAGGGCGGAUGAGGGAACCGAUGCUUCGCGUUAACCCUCUUUACUCGCCACCUGGGAUCCAAGAGCCGCCCGUCCGUUCCGAAGGGGAUCGUUGCCGGGUGGACAGUGGAUUUUACACUCUGCCUCUUCUGUCUGGACGGCGAGGGUUUUUGGCGUCGACUUGAAGACGGACAAAUGUUACCGUGGUACUUUGUAGACACCGUUCAUUGUUUCACGUUUAUCAGGUGCUCGGUGUCAACAUCUCUCUUUGAUUUAAAAAAAGUAAAUAUCUACCCUGUGGCACGAGCAAGCAUGUUUUUUCUUGUCUGUGGCACGGACACUUAAUUAGGGGCGAGAUGUGUAAGCGGUGCGUGUGGAGGUCUACAGGCGAGCCGUACAGCUGUCACUACGCAACAUUUACAGUCCGUUAUUAAGUGCAGUCUGAUUGGGAAUCAGUGCAUUUCUUCGGUGUGUCACACACACACACACACACACACACACACACGUGUUGUUUCACUCGUUGUUAGUCGUUCUGCAUAUCUGGUAAAAAGCGUGGGUGAAAAAUGUAUCUAUCUGUUUUUAUUUCUUGAAAAGAGUGUGUGGCGAGAUGAGCGAGUAGGGGGGGUCACAGCUGAGAGUAAGGAUGGCUGAGUAGUAAUAAUUGAAUGAAAUCACAAUUCUCAGCCUUUCCUGUCCUUCUGAUGACCUUUCAUUUGUUUUCUAGGUUUGCUAAAGUGCCCUUAUAAUGUAUUAAAAUAUAUUUUGUCACAUUUGUUAAGGCUAUUUUGAAAUACCUUUUUUUUAGCUUUUUCUUACAGUUUAUACAACCAGCCCCUCUUGCAUCACAUGUCUUCACCUUCAAUUUCUCUUGUAAUUUCUUAUCUCCUGUUAUUUGGGUAGUUGGAAUUCAAGUAGAACAAAAUGUCAUCAAUAUCCACACUGCACACCCAGCAAAGAGAAUAAAAUAUAACAAUGAAUCAUUACA